AUGUCACUGCAGAUAUUGCGACAACGCACAGAUGGUUAUGCGUUCAGGUAUGCCUUAGUAACCAAUGUACGCAUAACGUAGAUGUCGACGUUGCGGGGACAAGAGAGCACUGAGGACGGGAUCCGUAUUUGAUAAAUGCAAGCUAACAUUACCCCAGGCAAUGAAAACCUGUCUGGCUUUUGUGCAAGGAACCGGUGUCUUAAGCUGUGCAACUUCUGUCGGCAUAGGCUCCAGUACUGCGAUAGAAUGGUACAACAUUUGGCGCGGUGUCUGUUCCAAGGCACUGCUAAGUGAAGUGAAGCAGAUUGGGGGAGUCGGUGUGGAGGUACAGGUGGAUGAAACGAUGGUAAGCCGACAUAAGCACAAAGCGGGUCGCGGGAAGAAUCAGCACUGGGUUUUAGGUAUGUAUGAUGCAGCGCGAAAAAAGGCAUUGUUUGAGCAGGUAGAUGAUCGCAGUUGGCCUGCUCUGAGAGCUGUAAUAAAGAAGUGGGUCGCUCCGGGAAGCGUGAUUGUAACAGAUC